AAAACAUAAAUGGUGAGAUAGAAAUAUACUAAAACACCCUUACUUUACCAGACUAUGUCAGCUCCUCUCAAGUUGAUUUGUGUACAAUUGUUUCAAAUUAAUCCUAAUAAAAGCAGCAAAUAGCAUCAUAUUAUCUCCACUGCAUAAAUUUGUUACUCAAUAUCAGCUUACUCUACUGUUUAAUUGCAGCGGAAUCUAAUCGAUUGCAGUUUCGUCUGUUAAUUCACAAAAAGUCGAGUAGGGAACAGUGAUGGCAGCCACACCCAGCUCUCAAGUUAGUGUUAGUGAGACUCAACAACCGCAACAAUCGAAAAUUCAAAUAUAUACACCUUGCAAUGAUGAAGUAUCGGCUUUCUGGAGAGAGAAGUAUGAGAAAGAUGCCAAGAAAUAUUGGGAUAUCUUUUAUAAACGGCAUCAGGACAAGUUCUUUAAGGAUCGCCAUUAUUUGGACAAGGAAUGGGGACACCACUUUUCUGGAGAACGAAGAACUGUGGUUCUGGAGGUUGGUUGUGGAGCUGGAAACACUAUAUUUCCUCUGCUUGCAACAUACCCGGAUUUAUUUGUACAUGCUUGUGAUUUUUCACCCCGUGCUGUAAAUCUUGUUAAGAUGCACAAGGACUUCACUGAGGCCAAAGUCAAUGCAUUUGUUUGUGAUCUUACUGUUAACGAUCUAUGUGCACAUGUUGCUCCUUCCUCGGUGGACAUUGUGACAAUGAUAUUUGUUUUAUCUGCAGUAUCCCCAGAAAAGAUGCCAUUAGUGAUGCAAAAUAUCAGAAAAGUUCUCAAGCCAAACGGCCGUGUGCUAUUUCGCGAUUAUGCUAUUGGUGAUCUUGCUCAGGAACGGUUCACUGGCAAGGAACAGAAGAUUUGUGAAAAUUUCUACGUUAGGGGUGAUGGCACUAGAGCUUUCUACUUCUCAGACGAAUUCUUGGAAAAUCUUUUAAAAGGAAACGGGUUCAGCAUGGAAGAACACGUCUUGUGUUGUAAGCAAGUGGAAAAUAGAUCGAGAGAGAUAGUAAUGAAUCGGCGGUGGGUGCAAGCUGUGUUUCGCACAUCUGAGACCAACGGUGUCUGUGGUGGAAAUGCUCCGUCCCAACUACAACGAGGUUGUGAUAAACGUGAAGAUGACAUCCAGGCUACGGAAAUUGAUAUGUCGGAGGGAAUGGCUGUGGAAAUGUUCGGUGUUUCACCUUCCAUUGACGAGAUUCAUGAGGUGUCCGUACACGACUACGCGUUCAAGAUAAAUGUGCUCUCGAGAGAGUUUCAGCACACGUGCCCAUCAACUGGCUUGAUGCUGUGGGAAUCAGCAAGGUUAAUGGCAUCUGUCCUGGCCACGAAUCGGGACAUCGUUGCAGGGAAACGGGUUCUCGAACUCGGAUCCGGAUGUGGGGGGAUAUGUUCCAUGAUAGCCGCUGCAUCUGCUGAUCUCGUAGUCUCGACAGACGGAGACACAAAGGCACUCGAUUUACUGAAAGAAAAUGUAGCAUCAAAUCUCAAAUCAUCGCCAUCUCUGGACCUGCUGCACGUCAAGAAACUCGAGUGGGGGGAUCAAGAGGAUAUACAAGCGAUCAAGCGACUGAACGAGGAGGGUUUCGACGUCAUAAUCGGGACAGACGUGACGUACGUCUCUCAGGCAAUCAUACCGUUAUUUGCUACCGCCAGAGAGUUGAUUUCAACCAGCCGGAGAUGUGCAGGAGAUAACAAAGAGCCUCCUGCUCUCAUACUGUGCCAUGUUUUUCGUCGGGUUGACGAGCCUUCUAUACUCUCGGCAGCGUCUCAGUGCGGCUUCAGGCUUGCUGACCGGUGGUCCGACGAGACCCCUAGUAGCUCGUUACGAGGCAUAAUCGAGACGUGGUUCGAGACGAGCCCGUAUCGCCUUCCAUCUUCGGCACUUAAUAUCAUGCUCUUUCACAUUGCAUAGGUAAAAUUAUGUGAUUCAAACGAGGGUUGUGCAAUAUGCUCAGACUAUAUAGUGUUGUUUUAUUUUUUGUGAUGAACCAUUUCUUUGUACAAGUUUUGAAAUCUAUGUAUUAAGUUUCAUUUUGGUUGUCA